CAGGGAAUGCUAAAAACAAGAUCUGCCAGUCGGGGACAGGAUCCACCAUUCUGUUACCUUAGGAUAAGCUGUUAAUUUGACGCGCUACUUAGACGAGUUAUUAGCCACCUUUAUAAGCCAACGAAAAACGAAAUUCAACUUCAUGCUACGACGACGCAAGCGCAAGCAAGCCACCGCAAUCGAGGACGAUGACGGAGAAUGGGGCGCUUCCGCCGACCUCAUCGACGACACGAUGGCCUCCAUUCAGUUGCUGCUGAGUCGCAACGCCGACGGGUUUGCAGCUCUUGGUUUUCCCCCGGUGGUAGUCUGGCACCAACUGUAAUUCUUAGCUUAUACACUUGAUUCGAUGCGGCUGCUCUUACUCUUUCGUAAAUGAUAUUUUGUACUCGCAGAUACACUAUUCUACCAAAUCGGACAUUCAUCGACCAGAAUGUUCAUCGGCUGCGAAACAAAGGCAAGUUGGUAACAUUUAGAAUCCCAACGGGAUCAGAAGACACGGUAAUUAUUCGUGCAGAAGACUACAUUGCUGAAGUGAAGAAGUACGAGAAUAUAUUUCGUGAGCAGCUACGUCAGCACCCAGGAGAUUCAGCGAUCUCCUUAAAACUGAACGCUAUGGCAGCGUACGGACGAGCGCUUCCGACUCUCACUUCAUUGUCUACUGCUCCAUUACAAGUCUUGAUAUCGAGGAUGAGUAAGGUCGUGAGUUUUUCAGACGAAUCGGAGAUUCGAGUUAUGAUGGGAUGCAUUCAACGUCUUGGUUUCCUGCUGCCAACGACUCGGUUAGAUGACGAGGCGUACUCCUUCUCAAUGCCGGGGAUAGGAAAACUUGUGUCUGCCAUCAAGAAGACUCGGACGCAGAUCGUGAGCACGCUGAAGCGCACAAAAUACAAGGAGAUGCAUGAGCAGCAACUGAAGAAGCUGAAGACGAAACACUCGCGCUUCCAGCUCGAGUUUCAUCUAGCCGAUAUGGAGGGCUGUGGGAUGGUUCGACGCACCAAGGUCACGUCAGGUGUACUGGUCGCGCUAGCUGACAAAUAGACAGAUAUUAAGUACAAGUUAGCUAAAGGCAUGGAUACAUCUUGAGAAAGUGUGUCCUAUUCAUCGACAUCCUCCCAUUAGCGACGGCUGCACUCAUGUACGGGAGCCAAGCGGCUCAAUAACUUGAAACCUUCGUCGCCAAACGUUUGCUAGGCGCCU